AUGCCAGACGAAAAGACUUAUCUCUUACGUUCAAAAUUGGUUGGUUAUACUGACUCCUAUGACCUUUAUGAGUUGUUUACAGGAAAACUUAUUCCUGAGAGUCAAGGAUGUGAUUAUGAGAAUUUUGAAUUUCCUGUAUUUGACAGAAAGAUAAUCUGUCAAGUUAAUGCAACACUUCAUAUUGAACAAUGCAUUUCAAAUCCAUCAUCUAUUAGAGGGUUUCAAAUUUUAUUUUGUAUUUAUGAUGUUAAUGAUAAGGAAUCUAUUCAAUUUCUGAAAGCUCAAAUUCCGUUUAUUCAUCAGAAAUGUCAGUUAACAAAAGUAGUUGUCAUAGGAAUAACAGACGGAAGUGAGAGUAGUGUUGUCACUGAACAAGACAUUAUUGAAAUGACACUAAAUUAUAAAUUUUAUCAUCUUAAAUUAAAUGCCAAUGACAAUAAAAAAGAAAUGUUGCAAAAAUAUUGUCUUGGAUAUCUUCUUCAAAACGAUUCUGAAUUUAAAAAUCUUUUAUGA